GGGACGCUGCUGAGGGCGAAAAAUAGAACGAGCUGCAAAUAAUCCGUUCCAAAUGCACGCGUCGAAACCUGCCGCACUCCAGGAGCCCUGCGCUGUCUGUCUGGAUCUUGUUAACAUCACCAAAGUGCUCAGCUGGAGAAGACUUACGGCGCUAUUUCGGACACCUCUUUAGUGCCCGCGCAAACAAAACCGAAAGUAAAAGUGCAACAGAGACAGAAAGAGAAGAAACGAGAGACCAGACACGCGGAUUUAACGUGGCAAGUUAAUGAAUCAUUUACGUGAAUCAGUUAUACUGGCGUGGAGAUUGAACUCUGCUGUAAAUGAACAUGGAUGAAGAUGGACUUGCACUUUCUCACUGAAGACUUCUAUACAAACUUCAGAAAAGGAGCAGUCUAGCUGUGUGUGCACGAAGAGUAAAAACUCUAUGAUGGAGCCUCAGAACACCAGCAGUUGGAGACAAACCUCUGACCCAAAGAUUAAGCAUGUAGGAACUCCAGAACCCAGCUGCAUGUCUAUGAAGAGUGACCGGUCCAUGAGGGAACCUCCUAAGUUCAGCACUGGAGGAGAAGAACCCAGCUGUGUGUCUUUGAAGAGUGACCGGUCCAUGAGGGAACCUCCCAAGUUCAGCACUGGAGGAGGAGAACCCAGCUGGGUGUCUUUGAAGAGUGACUGGUCCAUGGUAAAACCUGAUGGUUUCAGCAGUGGUGCCCUAUCCUCUGACCCAGAGAAGUGUUCCACAGAAACAGCACUGCAGACCCACAAUCUGUUGGAGAGGAGUGGAGAACUGCAGGAUUACCAACCAGUGGAUGACAUCCUGCAUGAAGUCUUAGAGAGACAUAAAACUAACAUGAAGAGCAAAUACAAGAGCUUAUUUGAAGGAAGAAAAACAGAAGAGAAUAAAAUUUUCCUGAACAGGAUUUACACACAGCUCUACAUCAUAGAGGGAGAGAGUGAAGGCGUGAAUGAAGAACAUGAGGUCUUACUGUUGGACAAAACAGUCAGGACACACCUACAAGACACUCCAAUCAACUGUUUAGAUAUCUUUAAAUCUCCAACAUGUUCUGAUGUAGAUGUGAUAGAAAACAGUAUUACAGCUGUGAUGCCUAAAAGUCGCAGACACAAAGAAAAAAAAGAUGAAGAAUUAAAAGCCCAAAAGCUCAGAACUGUCCUGACUAAAGGCAUUGCUGGCAUUGGAAAAACGGUCUCUGUGCAGAAGUUCAUUCUGGACUGGGCUGAAGGAAAAGCUAAUCAGGAUGUAGAUCUAAUGUUUAUGCUUCCGUUCCGGGAGCUAAACUUGAUUAAAGAUGAUCAGUACAGUCUUCAUGGAGUUCUGUGUGACUUCCAUCCUGAGCUCAAAGAUCUGGACUCAGAGAUUUAUGAUCAGCUCAAAGCUGUGUUUAUAUUUGAUGGUCUGGAUGAAAGCAGAAUUCCACUGAACUUUGAACAGUGUGAGAAAGUAUCUGACAUCACCAUGACAUCAUCAGUGGGUGUGUUGAUGACCAACCUCGUCAAAGGAGAGCUGCUUCCCUCUGCUCUGAUCUGGAUAACCUCCAGACCAGCAGCAGCCAAUCAGAUCCCUCCUAAAUACAUCAACCGUGUGACAGAAAUUCAGGGAUUCAGUGACCCACAGAAGAAGGAGUACUUCAGAAAGAGGAUCAGUGAUGAAGACCAAGCCCAUAGAAUCAUCUCCCACAUUAAGACAGUGAGGAGCUUACACAUCAUGUGCCACAUUCCAGUCUUCUGCUGGAUCUCAGCCAUUGUUCUUCAGCAAAUCAUAAAACAGCCUCAUACAGAAAUCCCUAAAACUCUGACUGAAAUGUACUCACACUUCCUUAUCACUCAGACAAACAUGAAGAAUGAGAAGUAUGAGGAGAAAGAUGAGAGAGACCCAAAGAACCUGCUGGUGUCCAACAGAACCGUUCUUCUGAAACUGGCUGAACUGGCUUUCAAACAGCUGAUGAAGGGCAAUGCGAUGUUCUAUGAAGAGGACCUGAGAGAGAGCAGCAUUGAUGUCACUGAGGCCUCAGUGUAUUCUGGGAUUUUCACUGAGAUCUUUAGGGAGGAAUGUGUGCUUCACCAGAGGAAGGUCUACUGCUUUGUUCAUCUGAGCUUUCAGGAGUUCCUGGCUGCUAUCCAUGUGUUUCACUGCUAUGAGAACAAGAUCAUGGACGAACUUGAGUUUUUUAAGCUACCAAACACAGAGAGGUCUGAGAAUGUUCCACUGGAUGAGUUGCUAAAGGAAGCAGUGAAUAAAUCCUUAAAGAGUAAGAAUGGACACCUGGAUCUUUUCCUCCGUUUCCUGCUGGGCAUCUCACAGGAGUCCAAUCAGAGACUCCUACAAGGUCUACUGACACCCACACACAGCUGCACAGAUAAAACCAUGCAGUAUAUCAGGAAAUUAAUCAAAGGAGAUGAAAGCAAACAAUAUAAUACUGACAAAUCUCUUUCCAGUGAGAGAUCCAUCAAUCUGUUCCUCUGUCUGUCUGAAAUGAAUGACCAGUCUCUCUCCAGAGAGAUUGAGGAGUAUAUAAAAUCAGAUCAACACUCAGAGGAGAAGCUCUCUCCUGAACAAUGUUCAGCACUAGCCUAUAUGCUCCUGAGCUCAGGAGAGGAGCUGGACCAGCUGGACCUGAAGAAAUACAACACAUCAGAGGAGGGUUAUAGGAGACUAAUCCCAGCUGUGUCUGUCUGCAGAAAAGCUCUACUAGCUGGUUGUAAUAUCACCACAACCUCAUGUGAAAAACUAUCAUCAUCUCUACAAUCAGCAAACUCUCCUCUGAAAGAGCUGGACCUCAGUAACAAUAACCUGCAGGAUUCAGGAGUGGAGUUGCUCUCUGCUGGACUGAAGAGUUCAAAUUGUAAACUGAAGAUACUCAGACUGGUUGGCUGUAAUCUUACCACAACCUCAUGUGAAAAACUAUCAUCGUCUCUACAAUCAGCAAACUCUCCUCUGAAAGAGCUGGACCUCAGUAACAAUGAUCUGCUGGAUUUAGGAGUGAAGCUGUUAUCUGAUGGAUUGAAGAGUUCACACUCUAACAUAGAAAUACUUAGACUAGCUCAUUGUAAUCUUGGGGGAUUAGCUUGUGAAAGUCUGGGAUCAGCUUUACUAUCAGCAGACUCCUCCCUGAAAGAACUGGACCUCAGUAACAAUGAUCUGGGGGAUUCAGGAGUAGAGCUGCUUUCCGCUGGACUGAAGAGUUCACACUCUAAACUGGAAAAACUCAGAUUGUCUGGUUGUAUGGUUACAGUUGAAGGCUGUUCUUCUUUGGCUUCAGUUCUGAAAUCAAACCCCUCCCACCUGAGAGAACUGGAUCUGAGCUAUAAUCACCCAGGAGAGUCUGGAGCAAAACUGCUCUCUGAUCUACUGGAAGAUCCACAGUGCACACUGGAGAAACUACAGGUGGAUCAUGGAGGAGAGAUCAGGAUGAAACCAAGACUAAAGAAAUAUUCCUAUGAUCUCACUCUGGAUUCAAACACAGUGCAUACUCAUCUCUUUCUUUCUGAGGGGAAUAAAAAAGUGGAGCGUGUGGGAGAAGAUCAGUCGUAUCCAGAUCAUCCCGACAGAUUUGAACACUGUUAUCAGGUUCUGAGUGUGGAGAGUCUGAUGGGAUGCUGUUACUGGGAAGCUGAGUGGAGUGGGAGAGGUGUUGCUAUAGCAGUGUCAUACGAAGGAAUUAGGAGGAAAGGAAAGAGUGAAGAAUGUGAUUUUGGACGCAACAAACAGUCCUGGAGUCUGUACUGCUAUAAUAACAGGUACUGCGUCAGACACAAUAAAAAGGAAACUCUUCUACCUGCCCCCCAAUCCACCUCUAACAGAGUAGGAGUGUAUCUGGACUGGAGAUCUGGCACUCUGUCCUUCUACACCGUCUCCCCUGACACACAUACACUGACCCACCUACACACAUUCACCACCACAUUCACCGAACCACUCCAUGCUGGGAUUAGGGUUUGGGGUUGUGUGCGUGUGUGUGAGGCAGAAUAGCCUGUAUGGUUACUACUGCCUUGUCAGUGCAUUUAUGUGUGCGUCCCCUUUUUCUUCAGGGAAACUUCACAGGAUCAGUUUGAAAACGUUAAAUAUUGUUAAAACUCACACACAUUAUUAUGUGCACUGGAAUUUGAGUGUGUGUUUGUGUUAUUGUCCUCUAAAGACAGCAUAUGAGUCCAAAUAAAGAAAAAAGUGCUUAUUCUUCAAAAUGUAUUCAUUGUUUAUAAGUGUUAUCUGUGAGCACUCUGCACAUGUGCUUGCUUUGUCCCCCAUAUUUUCUGCUCCUUUUUUUAACUUAUUUCUCACCCACUUACAAAGUUUUGACAAAGAUUGUGACAUUCACCAUUUUUUUCUUAUUUGGGAAUUUAUUCUUAGGUAAUCUACAGAAUCUACAUACAUUUGAGUCAAGGUGUAAACAGUUCUGCAGUUUAAGAACACAUCAUGAACCUGAUGUAGACUUUUUUAAGGAUGUUUGUCUAAAGCAAAUUUCAGGAAAAAAACUUAGUAAGAUAUUAGUGAAUGAGGCCCAAUGUCUCUUGAGCAAUUAGAGCACAAGACCAGGCUCAAAAUAUGGAACUUUAAAAGCUGUGUGGUGGUGCUUGCCUGCUAGUCUCUCAGCUCAUUUGUUUGGUUGGCUGUGUUCAUACUGCUCUUAAGUAACAACUGACUUGUUAACUAGUUUGUUUGCAAUAUAUUGUAGCAUCUGUGUUUUUCAAAACUGCAUUUUAAAGUGAACUUGAGAAAUAAACUAAACCCAACUGCUGUGUCAAUUAAAAUCACACCUCUGCCACUAGAUGGUGCUUUA